AUGCAACGGAACCUGGAUACCUUUGCUAUCCCGGUUGAUAUACGGCCGAACACUAUCGUGCAAGAAGAUGAUGGGGCCACGGUGCAUUGGUCUGAUGGCCAUAGAAGCCGCUACGACAUGGAGUUCCUCACUCACUAUACAAACCACAACGUGCGCCGCGAUGAAGACUAUGUGGUCAAGAUGCGGCAUCUCUGGGGUUCUGAGGCAGCAACGAACCCUCCUACAAUCUCCUAUGAGAGCGUCAUGAAGACCGAUAGCGGCGUUGCGAGCUUGACAAACACGUUGAUGAAAUGGGGCUUCAUCUUGGUCGAAAACACGCCUUAUGAUGACCCAGAUAAGACGCGGCAAUUGCUUGAGCGCAUCGCCUUCAUUCGUCACACACAUUACGGCGGAUUUUACGACUUCGUCCCGGACCUCGCCAUGGCCGACACGGCGUACACAAACGUCGCCCUGCCGGCCCACACGGACACCACUUACUUCACCGACCCUGCCGGGCUGCAGUCGUUCCACCUUCUCUCUCACCAGCCCGCGCCGGGUGCUGGCUCCGGCGAGACAGCUUCGGGGGGCAAGUCACUCCUCGUUGACGGAUUCUUCGCAGCCCACAUCCUCGCUAAGAGGCACCCCGAAUACUACCACAUCUUGAGCAAGGUCCCUAUUCGCUGGCACGCGAGCGGUAAUCCGGGCAUAACCAUUACACCGGAAAUCCUGUUCCCCGUCUUGGAGCAUCGGCCGAAUAGAACUAGACCGAGAGGCCUGUUCAGGAUCCGGUGGAAUAACGCCGACAGGGGAGUGGUCUCGUUUAUUAAUCACAAAUACUCACCUGCUCAGUGGUACGAGGCUGCUCGGGCAUGGAAUGACAUUCUGAAGAGUGAGGACGUGGAGUGCUGGAUUCAGCUGGAGCCUGGAAAGGUCCUCAUUUUCGACAACUGGCGGGUGCUCCAUGGGCGAAGCGCCUUCUCAGGCGUCAGGCGGAUCUGUGGAGGGUAUAUCAACCGGGACGAUUUUAUCUCCCGGUGGAGAAAUACCAACUUCCCGCGCCAACAUGUCCUUAACAUGGUGGUUGGGUAG